UUUAAUAUAUUCAUAAACAUUUGUCUGUUACAUUCUCAACCAAAACUGAUACUAUGAAGGUCAAGUGUGACAGUGUAUAUAAAUGCAUUUACAAUUCAGCUUCUGUGUGGCACAGAUGAAAUCUCCAGUUAAUUAAUUACUGGAAGAGCUUAGAGAAUGUUGUAGAUGAUUGCCUUAAGAAACCUGGCCAUACAAUUGUGUGUAUAAGUGACAGUUCUUUCAGACUGCAAACGGUGACAUUAACCGUUACAAAAUAUUGUAUAUCACGGCUAAUGAUUCAAACCUACAUUUUAUUAAGCCUCACUGCUCAUUAGAUCGAAGUAUAUAGAACUAUAAAGCAUGGGAUCGGACUAAAACUAGUUUUCCUUUCUUUGAAUUUUUGAACCUCAUAUUUUGAUAGAUCUUUCCUUAUUAAUGAUUGCCCAGCCCUAUUUGUGCAUAUGUAUGUGUGUGGAUAUAUAUAUAUGUAUUCAUACAUUAAGGACCCAAUCAAAGCUUGUGACCUAUUAAUAGUCAUAUUUCCCCCAAAACCAAUCCUAUGCUUAAAGUCAGGUGUUGGCACACCCACAGCUGGUUUUAUUAGGGCUUGAUAAGAGGUGUUAAUAAGUAUGAAGUUUGGAUCUUAUUGAAGUUGCACUUAGCUAUUACAGUAAGUAGCUGUUCAAAGCCUGAGUGAGUAUAGCCUAUAUUGCAUAGCUAAGCUUUUGUUUGAUAAUUAUUCAUAUAAUUGUAUGAACCUUGAAACACAUGCGCCUUUAACUUAUUUCCUAAAUGAUGUGAUCAACUUGGACCUACUUUCUUUAUGUGUGUUCCACAUAUGCCUUCUUAUCUGUAACCUUUUCAUGGGUAUUUAGUGGUUCUCUAACGUGAUUGAGAAUGUCUGUCUUUCUGUAGCAGGUUCUGAGCAAGAGUUUGGGUAAGAGAAGCAGUCGGAUGACAUCAUGUUGUUAUGGCUGUUGCUUCCAAUCUGCUUCACUGCCAUUGGGCUGGUCGGCAUAGCGGCAGUGUGUGUUGUGGCUGUUUCCCAUGGGUCCGUCAACAUAACAGAGAGCUUUCCGCUCAUCAGCUAUUGCGGCAGCUACCAGCCCGAGAGUUGCAUCUUCUCCCAGAUAUGCAACAUCUGCUCGCUUUUAGGCAUGUUGAUUGUGGUGAUCCGCUAUCAGCAAAUCCGGGACUUGGACUGCCAUCCUAAAACCAACAUGGCCUGCCUGGCUCUGGGGCUAACCUCCUCGUCAGGGAUCUCCCUCAUGGGCAACUUCCAGCAUUCGGCUGUGAUGGUGCUGCACUUCUUCGGGAUGUUCCUGGCGUUCAUCCCAGGCCUGGUCUACUUCGCGCUCCAGCUGUGGCAGAUGUACCACAGCGCUCCCUGCCACCACAAGCACUGGCUGGGGCCGCUCCGGGUGGCAUGCUGCUCGGCCUGCACCGUCCUGCUCUUCAAUGCGAUGGUCCUUUUCGGUGUGGACCACAUCCCCGGUGCGGUUGCGUGCGAGGGCCUCGUGGUGACGCUGUUCUUCUGUCAGUUUGGCCUCUUGGCUGUCGACUUCAAACAAAUCGACAGCCUCAAGCUCAGCCUUUCGAAAUAA